AUGAUGGACAGCCCACAGACAACAGCAACUCUCGUCAAGAGUUAUGGGAGCGAAGACAGGGGAGACCGGCCACCGCUCGCCCAAUCCAGAGAGAUAGGGGGCGCCGUACCAAUCAGGAGGCCAGAGGGAGCCCAGGCCCUGAACUUUGCAAAGUCGUGGUCGCAUUUUGUUGCAGGAGGUAUAGGAGGCAUGACAGCAGCAGCCCUCACGGCACCAUUGGAUGUGCUCAAAACCCGAUUGCAAUCCGACUUCUACCAGCAACAAAUACGUCAGCGCAAUGUAGCAGUCCAGAGCUUCAGCGGUCUGACAGGCCCGUUUCGCAUGAUGCAAUUCCACCUAGGAGAGACCUUCGCGAUUUUGGGUUCAGUGUACAAGCAGGAAGGCCCGCGUGCGCUGUUCAAGGGGCUCGGGCCCAACCUGGUCGGCGUUAUACCCGCAAGAUCUAUCAACUUCUUCACAUACGGCAACAUGAAGCAGUUAUUAUCCGGCCAUUUCAACGGUGGAAUCGAAGCAGAUUGGAUCAACUUUGUGUCAGCCAUGACGGCCGGCGUCGUCACAUCAACCGCCACGAACCCGAUAUGGCUGAUCAAGACGCGCCUGCAGCUCGACAAGAGCACCGCGGCCCGCAGCGGCACUGGCAGGCAGUAUCGAAACAGCUUUGACUGCCUCAAGCAGGUCCUCCGCAAUGAGGGUAUACGUGGCAUGUACAAGGGCAUGAGUGCCUCGUACCUCGGCGUGACCGAGUCGACCCUCCACUGGGUUCUGUAUGAACAGAUGAAGGCCUCUCUGCGACGACGCGAGGAGGAACUUGUGCUCAGUGGCAGGCCCAAGACGACCUGGGACAAGGUCGUCGACUACACAGGCAAUGUAGUGGCCGCGGGAGCCGCCAAGCUGCUUGCAGCCGUGCCGACUUACCCGCACGAAGUCGCACGCACAAGGCUCCGGCAGGCGCCCAUGGCCGACGGCAGACCCAAGUACACGGGUCUGGUCCAGUGCUUCCGGACUGUGUGGAUAGAGGAGGGCGUUGCAGGUCUCUGGGGAGGGCUGACGCCGCACCUGCUGCGCACUGUUCCCAGCGCCGCCAUCAUGUUUGGCAUGUACGAGGGCAUUCUUCUGCUGCUCAACAAGCCUGAAGCGCCAAAGCUAGAUGAUCAAAAGGCGCGAUGA